UUCAAAAGCUUUAAAAAUGUUCAGGGCACCCAUUCAAAGGGACAUGAAUGAGUGUCAGGUGUUCAUUUUCACUUUUACCUUCUGUUAAUUUCUUCUCCAUCUUCACGCUUCCAGGCGGUAAGAGCCUGACAGCAGCGGGAUCUGGUCCCCAGGGGGAAAGUGUCCCAUACACCCUGUCCCUCGGUGUCCACAUAUACUCCCCCAGCACCGUCCAGAGUGUCCAGUCCAACUGCCCCCUCACCCCACUGGAGUUCCUCUCCCAGGAUAACACUGAGGCCAAAGUCAGUCUGUCCCCUGGUCACAAGUUUGACCGGGAUGUAGAGCUCCUGCUGUAUUAUGGUCAGCCUCACCAACCCACUGCUAUACUGGAGGCGGGGCAGCCAAGUGCCCAACCAGGCUCAUUGAUGGGCGACACUGUAGCCAUGUUGAGCUUCUACCCAGAGAUUCCAUCUAUACCAUCUUCUCAAAUGACUUCCAAAGGGGAGUUUAUAUUUGUGGUGGAUCGUUCAGGCAGCAUGGACUGUCCAAUGAACCAAAGCAACUACGAACAGACUCGCAUCAGCAGCGCUAGGGACACUUUACUGCUGCUGUUGAAGAGUCUUCCUGUUGGCUGUUACUUCAACAUCUAUGGCUUUGGCUCCUACUUUGAAUCCUAUUUCCCUGAGAGUGUGGAGUACACACAGGCCAACAUGGAAACUGCUGUGCAGAAGGUGAAGUCAAUGCAGGCUGAUAUGGGAGGAACAGAAAUCCUUCAGGUCCUCCAGGACGUCUACAGGAGAUUGGAUGGUUCACAGCUGAUCGGAGCGUCAGUUUCGAGAACCGUGGACCCAGAGAUGUCCAACGUCCUAGCCGGAGGAGAGUGCCGCCACCGAAACGUGGAGUUUACGAAGCUCCCCCAACAGCAGAGGAAGAUGGUCAUCCUGUUCCACACGCCUACCUCAAACUGGGACCCAAGUGCUGCCAUGCAGCAGGUACAUUUAAAAUUUUACCCAACAUGUCUCCUAAAAAUGACAGUGAGAAAAAAAAUCAAGCAGGUUGAAAUUCCAUUUAAUUCCAUUUGGUUGUUUGUUUUUUCCUUUACAGCAGUAUUGCCAGAUUACUCAGUGUCCCCUAAAAAUAAGAGGUCCAGUUCAGGAAAGUUGCUUUCAAAGAAAAGAUUUCUUCAUUGCAUUUUUACAAUAACACUUUGUUGUUGUUUUUCAGCAGAUCAGUGUUGCUCAGAUGACGAGGAAUCUUAUUGUUGUUUUGGAGAGAACUGCUACCAGGCUGAUCUCGGAGGAGGCAGUUUGCAGUCAGAAGGACAAGGUUCAGUGGUGACGCUGGAAGACGGAAUGGAUUAUCUGUCAGACCCUCCAGAGAGACAGAAAGUUGGGGAUCCUUUGCUGGAAUUGAUCAGCUUACAGAAAGUAGAUGGAUCCUGGGACCUCCAACCAUCGCUGGCCUCCAUCUUUGGAAAAAAGGAAGAAGAAGUGGCCACAGCCUUACCUGGAAAGCCUGAGUUUUUAUCAGUCUGGGCCACAGUGUUGGCAGUUCUGUGGCUACAUGGUCAUAAGAUGGACUUCAAGGAUGAGUGGCAGUUUGUGGCUGCAAAAGCUGUUGCCUGGAUCAGAGCUCAUUCAGGAGCUGAUUUGACCGGGUUUGUGGCAGCUGGGAAUUCAUUCCUUGGCCUCAAGGUGGAGCUGCGGAACCUUGGCCUACAAUAGUGAACCAGACCCUGAAUUGCCAUCAUAUUAGCCUAUUGCCACUGCACGCAAAGCAUCCCAGCCUGCUAUUAUGUUAAUUCUUGAAGUAUCCAUGCUGAUAUCAUUUAAAUGUCAGUUACCUAAAUCACAGUUAGGUGGAAGAAUAAAUUUGCAUGACUUCUAUAUUCAGAUGUAUUUUUAGCAAUGGUAUUGCUAAUACAUGAACUAGUUUAAACCAAUGUAUUUCAGCCCAGUCCUUGGGGACCCCAGACAGUCCACAUUUUUCCUUCCUCCCAGCUCCCAGCCAAUCAUGUUCCUUCCCCCCAGCUCCCAGCCAAUCACAAAUACCAAAUAUCUGAUAUAGGUGUGCUGGGAGCAAAAAAGUGGACCGCUUGGAGGCCCUGGAGGACUGGGUUGAGAAACACUGGCAUUCUGUCACAUAACAGUGAGAACCGUAACAGACACACAUGCAGACCCCAUUGUGAUUUUCUGAGAUGAAAUGCUACUGCUUCCCAUUUUUGACUGUACACACACAAGUUGGCAAAAAAAAAACUGUCCCGCCAGCACAGUGGGAUUUGAGUGAUAUUUGAUAAAUGCGCUAUAUAAAUGCUGUCCAUUUACCAUUUACAUAAAUCCUGUAUAAUGUGUCCCAAAAUGUGGAAACUAAACAUUAGUUAAAAAAAAAAAGCCUUUACAAAAAAAAUGUCAGGUGGUGCAACUAAAAAAUAUUUGACAAUUAUUGUCUUACUCAACCUUCAUAAAGUAACCAUUUCUGUCUGCAAUGCAUCAGUUCUUCCCCCAUUUAUUUGUGGUCAAUAAUUGCAGUUGCGCCGCCUGACUUUUCAAGCUCAUUUCAAAUGAAACAGAUGUCUGCUUGGACACAUGCGCCAACUUUUAUCCUUGAUAUGAAGUUUAUACAUACAGUUUUCGAUACAAAUUAAGUGUUUUAUCGUAUUACAAUAUGAUCAUGGUUUAGCAUGGGUUGUACCACCUGACAUGAAAACCGUAAGCCUAACCAUGAGUUGAAAAUGGUCAUUUUAGUCAGUAUGUAACUUGGAUCUAACUUUUUUCACAGCAUCAUGAAGACGACUUGGGGUCUUCUUUAUGAUGUAACAUCUGGUCCAACAUUUUCUACAUUGACUUUUAAAUAAACCCCCCCCCCCUUUUUCCAAUCAUGUCACCUGGCAUUUGAGGUCAUAUAAAUUUACAGAUGAAUGUUUUUCAGUUAUUUUAAUGGUUUUAUGACCAUAGUGUUUCGCAACUUUUUAUGAGCUUAAAAGAUUUCAAAUAGAAUAAUGCCUAAUAGAUUUUUUUAAAACUGCUUAAAUACGUUUAAGAAAUUUCGCUGCUCAUUUGUUGAUGGUUGUACCACCCGACAGACAACAAUGUCAGAACUGCAUAUUAUUUGAAGGUAUUCAAAAUAUAUUCACAUUAAAGAGGUUUUCAUACAAUAAA